CAAAUUUCAUCUCUGUAAGAACCAGAAAAGCAUCCGUUCUUCAUGCUGUCGGAAUAGGGUUUCGUCGUCCUACCUCUCUCUCUCUCUCUCUCUCUCUGAUUAUAUAGCACCGAUUUCGCGUACGGUGUCGUCAAAUUGGUCUCCGGCGAAUGGAAGAGCCGGGGCAGCUCAAGCGUGCGCUGAUGGAUGCCUCCGCCGGCGCACUCUCCGGAGCGGUGUCUCGGACGGUGACGUCGCCGCUCGAUGUCAUCAAAAUCAGAUUUCAGGUUCAGCUGGAGCCGACAUCGACAUGGGCUUUGGUGGGCAGUAAUGUGCCUGCAAGGUCGAAGUACACGGGGAUAUUCCAAGCGGCGAAGGAUAUCUACAGGGAGGAACGUUUGCCGGGUUUCUGGCGUGGCAAUGUCCCGGCUUUACUAAUGGUUGUUCCAUAUACAGCUAUACAGUUUACAGUAUUGCAAAAACUGAAAACUAUUGCAGCUGGUUCUUCCAAGGCAGAGGAUCAAGUGCAUUUGAGUCCCUAUCUGUCUUAUGUCAGUGGGGCAUUGGCUGGUUGUGCAGCUACAAUUGGUUCGUAUCCGUUCGAUCUCCUAAGAACAAUAUUAGCUUCGCAGGGUGAACCUAAGGUAUACCCAAACAUGAGAUCUGCACUUCUGCAUAUAAUCAGAACUCGUGGGUUUCGAGGAUUGUAUGCUGGAUUAACUCCAACGCUUAUUGAGAUUGUUCCAUAUGCUGGCCUGCAGUUUGGCACAUAUGAUACAUUCAAGCGCUGGACAAUGGCUUGGAACCAUUACAGAUCCUCCAAAGCAGGCUUACAUAGUGAGGAUGAUAGCCUUUCGAGUUUUCAGCUUUUCCUUUGUGGCUUAGCUGCUGGGACAUGUGCCAAACUUGUCUGUCAUCCUCUGGAUGUUGUCAAGAAGAGAUUCCAGAUUGAGGGACUUCAGAGGGAUCCAAGAUAUGGGGCUCGACUCGAGCCAAGUACUUACCGGAGCAUGUUCGAUGCUCUAAACCGAAUCCCGCAGUUGGAGGGUUGGUCGGGUCUUUAUAAGGGCAUAGUCCCUUCCACUAUCAAGGCUGCACCGGCUGGCGCCGUAACAUUUUUCGUUUUUGAAUUAACAUCGCAUUGGUUGGAGUCAACUUUUAGCUGAUUAUCUUCUUUUUUACUUUUUCCCUUUUUUUAAAUUCAUUUUCAAGGUAUAGAUGUUCAUAUUUUCCCCUUAUUCUUUUCCCUUGAAAAAUAUAUGUCAAUGUCCCCAACUCAGGGGAAGGGGCUCUAAAAUUAUUUUAAAAUAGUCAAUAAUGUUCAAUGCAGAGGUUCCAAUCAUGAUGUGAGGCAACUAUAAAUAUAUUUCGAGUUGAGAGCAUGGUAGGCAAAUCUUUUGCUUA